UUUUGACAAUGACGUGGUUGUCAUUGAUUCCUCGGCUUUUUUUCUCUUAUAAAAACAAAUAAUAACUUUUUUACAAUUUGCAUUGAAUUGUGGCAAACGUCAAUUAAUCAAAUAAAAAAAAAAACUCAUCUGUACAUGGCGUUAAUCUAGAAUUGGACGCAAAUUAUUCGUAUAUCUAUCUAAUUGGACCGAAAUUAUUGAUUUUUAGUAAAAUGUUGCGAAAGCAGCAUUUUCUGAUAUUUUGUACUUGGUACACAUUUUUAUUAAUUGUCGUAACAUGUAAUGAGUACAAGGGCUUUGAUGACACAGUUUUAUUCAAAAUCAAUUGGCCGGGACCCGAUGAAAAAUUAGAGGAGGAGGCUGCUGCCCAAAAUCUCGAAACGGUUGUGGUAACAACGCAUCACAAAGAAAAGUAUAAAUGUUUACUACCAAAUAUUGACCAACCCGAAACGGAAAAUGAAACCAAAUAUGAUGGUUUAUCGCCAUUGGACUUAGUAUCGACACUUUUUUCAUCGGCUACAUGUUCGUAUCGCAUUGAAAGCUACUGGACGUAUGAGGUGUGCCACGGUAGCUAUGUGAAGCAAUUCCAUGAAGACCGUGAACAAAAUUCGGUUAAAAAACAAGAGUAUUUUUUGGGAAAAUGGACAAAGGAGAAAACGGAAGAGUUGGCUAAAACAUUGGCCGAUGCAGAAAAACGCGGUGAAAAAUACAAAACAAUUCGAAUUGAUGGUGUUAAUUUGCCGUAUUUGGAGGUUGAAAUGAGUGAUGGCACUUAUUGUGAUCUGAACGGAGAAUCACGUAUUACAAAUGUUCAAUACGUUUGCUAUCCGCAUGGAAAAAAUGAAGUUUAUUCAUUGAAAGAAACAUCAACGUGCAACUACGAAGUGGUCAUUCUUACACCGACGCUUUGCGUUCAUCCAAGUUUCAACCCGAAAGAGGCCAACGACAAUACCAUCAACUGUGUACCAUUCAACGAUUCACCGCCAAAACCAAAAAGCCUACUCAUGAUGGAAGUGGAAAAUAUGAAGAAAAUCUUGGAAGUAUCUAAAAGCAAUAAGCAACCACGAGUUUCAGUAGUUAAAUUUAAUCCAAAGGAUGGAACCUUAAAAUCGGACAUUUUAACAAAUGAAAUGCUACCAGAUAUCAAUAAAGUGGUUGCCGCCGCUUUAGCAGGAGAAUUAGAUGAAGAACCAACGCCAACGUCACAACCAAGCAUAUUACAAAAAAGAGUCGAUAAUUUGUCACCGGUGCUCGAUUUUCUUGAAGGCAAAAAUUGUCUUACUGGCGGUACUGGUUGGUGGAAAUAUGAAUUUUGCUACGGUCGUUAUGUGCGUCAGUUCCAUGUGGAUAAAAAUGGUGAAACAUCAUUAAUGUUGGGUUAUUUCAAUGAAGAUGCGCACAAAGAAUGGUUGAAAGAAAAUCCACAAAAGCGUCCAAAGAAGUUCAGUGCCCGUACCCAUAUAACGCACUACUACCAAGGCGGAUCCAUUUGUGAUGAAACCGGCCAGAAGCGUCAAACCGAGGUUCAGUUGAAAUGUUUGGAAAAUUCAACGUCGAUGUCAAAAGUGUCUCUAUUUUUGAUGGAGCCGAAAAUGUGCCAUUACAUUUUGGGCGUUGAGUCGCCGCUCAUUUGUGAAAUCAUUGAAAAAGCCGACGAAGAUGGUUUGGUCACACGAAAAUCAGUGAUUGAUAGUGCUAACGAUGGUACUACCGAUAGUGCAUCAUUACCGAAAAAUGAAUUAUAAGGAUUGUGCUUAGAAAAUGCAAUAUUAAAUUGAUCUUGAAGAAAGUGUGAAACAUUUCUCUUUUCGCAAUGAAUUCAACGAGAAUAAAAAAAAUAGAUUCAGCGAUUUUGUAAAGUCAAUUUCAAGAAA